CUGUACUUAUUCCAUAAGUUUAAUUACCUUGUGGGCUGCCCCGUUCAAUUAUCCAGCCACACCCAAACCCACAAUGUAAGGCAUUUCAGUUUCUAUGAAGCUAAAAUGUUUAAUCAUUUUUAGCAUAUUUAGUCAAAAAAACCGUCAAGAAGGUAUGUUAUAAAGAAGCCUAAUGAUCACGAGGCAUAGCAGAAAACCGCUGUUCUAUGAACCACAUUUCCCGACGUGCAAAGCAACAUUUCGUCAUUAGUUUGCGUCGGUGAUUGUUUUGAACCGUUGAAGGAAGACGCGAGGAGGUUAACAGUCGAUAAAAAUGUUUAUGCCAAGAGCCCUGAAAGUGAAGAGACCUGCCCAAGGCUCAGGCCAAGUUUUGAAUAAGAAAAGCAAGGUCGGUCAGGAGGAGAGAAAAGAUGAAGGUAACGUUAGUUCAGCGACAUCUGUUCAGAAGGAGGAAACACAUGAAGACACCAAAACACAGGAUGAGACAAUACAAGCAGGCGGAGGCUCUGCAGGUUUGACAGAGAGCUUACUGAGUGAAGAUGGACAUAAGUCUGCUUCAAGUGAGGAUGAGGAAGAGGAGGAGCCUGUCAAAUCAUUCAAAAAGAGCCAGAGAUGGCCGGAGCCAGGAGAGCCUGUUUGUGUGAUGUGUGGUCGCUAUGGGGAGUACAUUUGUGACAGCACUGACAAUGAUGUUUGCAGUCUUGAGUGCAAAGCCAACCAUUUGGCCCAAAUGGGGAUAGGAACUGGGGCAGGUGUGUUUAACCUUAAGGACAAAAAUGGAGAUGAAAGGACUCAACCUCAACAGCCAGCAGUUGACACUGGUGUAGUGGGUGAAAGUGAGGCAGGCUAUUCCUACAGGGAAGAUCGGUUCAUAUCAGGCUUAACAGAUGAGCAGGUGCAGCGGAUUAAACAGGAGCUGGGCAUUGAAACCCAGGGGAGCAAUGUCAGGAGACCCAUCAUUGAGUUUGAACACUGUGGCUUCCCUGCCAAGCUGAGUGGCAACCUGAAAAAAGCCGGCUAUGAGGCACCCACACCGGUCCAGAUGCAGAUGGUGCCUGUUGGUCUCAGCGGCAGGGAUGUGAUUGCCAGCGCUGACACAGGCUCAGGGAAGACUGUAGCCUUCCUGCUGCCAGUGGUAGUGAGGGCACUGGAGAAACCAGCACACAGUGUGGGUAGCCCUGUGGCUCUCAUCCUGACCCCCACCAGGGAGCUGGCCAUUCAGAUAGAGAGACAGGCCAAGGAGCUGGUGAUAGGCCUCCCCAACAUGAGAACCGCGCUGCUGGUGGGCGGCAUGCCGCUUCCCCCACAACUCCACCGCCUCAAAAGCAGCAUCAAAAUAGUCAUUGCCACCCCUGGGCGACUCCUUGAGAUCUUGAAGCAGAAGGCAGUGCAGCUGGACAAAGUGAAGGUUGUGGUGGUUGAUGAGGUCGACACUAUGUUGAAGAUGGGCUUCCAGCAGCAGGUGCUGGAGGUUUUGGAGCAAGUCUCGGAAGAACACCAGACUCUGCUGGCCUCGGCCACCAUCCCAACAGGGACGGAGGAGCUGGCUGCCCGACUGGUUUGUGACCCCGUCCGCAUUGUCAUUGGAGAGAAGAACCAGCCCUGUGCCAAUAUAAGGCAGAUCCUGCUAUGGGUAGAGGAACCCUCCAAGAAGAAGAAGCUGUUUGAGAUUCUCAAUGACAGUAAGCUGUACCAGCCUCCAGUGGUGGUGUUUGUAGACUGUAAACUGGGGGCUGAUCUGCUGUGCGAGGCGGUCGCCAAGGUGACAGACCUCAAUACUGUGGCAAUCCACUCUGACAAGAGCCAGUGGGAACGCAACCGCAUCCUCAGGGGUCUUCUGGAAGGAGACUUUGAAGUGGUGAUCAGUACAGGUGUGCUAGGCAGAGGACUGGACCUAGUCAACGUCAGACUGGUGGUUAACUUUGACAUGCCAAACACAAUGGAUGAAUAUGUCCAUCAGGUGGGCAGGGCAGGUCGGCUGGGACACAGAGGAACAGCCAUCACCUUUCUCAACAAUAACAACAAGCGGCUGUUCCUGGAGGUGGUGAACCGGGUCAAACCCACAGGGUCCAUCCUUCCCCCUCAGCUCCUCAACUCACCUCACCUCCAUGAACAGCAGAGGAGGGAAAGACAGAAAGCCAAGCUGGAAACUGACGAUGUGCUGGUCACUAAGAACAAUCUAUUGGACAUCAUAAGAAAACACGACCGUCGCAAAAAGUAGCAAGUUCUUCCGAAUAUUGCCUGCAAUGGUGCUGUCUAUUUAUUGAGUAAAUGUUUAGUUUGUAUAUUGUUUUAUCAAAAAAAUAAAUGUAAUGUUGAUAUUCUGAA